AUGACAAGCAUGUUACAAAUAUCAAGUCUAUUAUUGUUGCUACUAUUGACCACCACUCUCUCAUCAGUGCGGGCUCAAGAUGCUGGUGAUUUUAUUUCCGAUCCAGCGGAGAAUGACAUUGGAGAGGAACUUGCAAUUCAAGUAGCAGAAUUGGACGAAGAACUCAGUGUGGCCCACAUAGGCAACUCGAUCCAAUUCUACAAUGAUUGUCCCAGAUUGCUUCAGCGAAUGUUGAAAUACAAAUACAAAGAAGUCAUCUCCGAUUCCUGCUUCAGGGGAGGAGCCAAUGUCACCCGCCUAUUCAAUGACGGCAAUGGCAUGGAAGAUCGCUUCGAUACACCCAAUGCUCUACUGGAUGACGGUACCUUUGACAUUGGUGCCCCGAAUGUCACAUUUCUUUUGAAAGAACGCGAAUGGGAUUAUGUGAUCAUCAAUGAUCACACCCAAGGACCGGUCCGAGAGGUCAAUCGAACUGCUUCCAUGGACACCUUGCAAAAUAAAUACUUGCCACUGAUUGGUGAUAAUACCAUGGUGAUUCUGUUAAUGACUGCGGCCUACCGAGCCCCUGCGAAACAUUCAGGUGACUUGGGCGGCUUUUAUCAGUUUACCGAAUUGCUCGACGAAGGAUACGACGAGUACGAAGCAAUCUUUCCCCAGGCAACAGUGGCUCAUUUCGGACUAGCCUUCAAGUACAUUCGCGACAACUAUGGCAAGUCCUACUGGAAUCGUCUUUACGCUCCAGAUGACUUUCAUCCCAGUCCAAUGGGUACCUUUUUGGAAGCCAGUGUCCUCUUUUGCACCAUUACGGGAGAAAUGCCACCGGAAGCCUACGAUGAGACUUGGUGGAGCAAUGCUAGAUACCUCGAUCCACCCAUGCCCUUUCCUUCCAAACAGGAUGCUGCCAUUUUGCGAGAAGUAGCUGGCAUUAUCUGUGGCAUUGAAGAACCAGAAGAAGUCCCACCGAAUCAAGGAUUCAACGUCAUUUUGGCCUUGUCCAUUGGACUACUCCUUUCCAAUAUCGUCUUGUGCCGCUUUUUGCAAUUGCAAAAGUUGUCGGAACGACAAAAACGCAAGCUUCGGGAUAGCGCAGUGUCCAGACCCAACGUACAUUCCGAUUCUUCUAGCAGCGAAGGAAGUGGAAGGAGUGCACACAGUCUAUCCGAGGUGGUAUAA